AUGAGUUCCAUUGUAGCAUAUUCAGAAAAAGACCAAGAGAUUUACAAAGUGAAAAUAGGUGUCUAUCAGAACGACUGGGACGAUUCGAUUAAGAGUUACAAAUUUUUUGAAAACGAGUUGUGUUUCCAUGAUAGCAUUCUACUUCGUGGAAAUAAAAUUGUAAUACCACAGCAACUCUGCAAGAGUGUAUUAGAUGCUGCAUACGAGGGUCAUCCAGGUAUCGUAGCGAUGAAGGGACGCUUGAGAUCAAAGAGACAAAACACAAAAAGAAAAAGGAAAAGAGUUUUGCUCCAGUCCAAAAAGUUGCAUAAAUUUGAAGUAGCAAGUCUAGCAAACCUAUGUCCAGAAACACCUGAAGAAGCAAAAGCAUUAAUUCCAUCCCUUGAAGGAAGGUUUGAAGAUGAAGAGCUUAGAAUUUUGCUAGAUGAUAUUCAAACUAAGAGAAGUAUACAGUACUGA